CUCCGCACUACUUGGUUUGACCCACUUCCACCUCCAUUUGGAUUUUGUUAUUAACUUCCGCACCCUUUUUCUCUCCCCCUUCUUUCCAUUUCCAUUUCCAUUUCCAUUUCUUCACCUUCUUCUUCUGCGUCCAAACCCAAAACCACCAAGGGUUUCGUGUUUCUCUCUUCAUUCAGUCACACACCUUCUCUGUUUCCCAUCAAUUCAAUCACAAUCGCUGUUUGUGAUGGAGUUCGUGGGCAAAACCGUGAAGAAAGAGGUCAAAGGGGUUGGGACUGUUUCUGGAACUGUCAAAUCAUUCGACCCUUCAACGGGUUUUGUUGAGAUCGCUUACGAAAAUGGUCAUUCUGAGAAGCUUGAAUUCUCCGACGUCGCUCCCCUCUUGGAAUUUCAACCGGAGGUGGGCAAGGUUAAGCCCAAGGUUGGCCGGAAACCCAAGAAGCGGCGUCGGGUCGAGCGGAAGCAGCGGCAAGGCGCGACGACGGGUUCAGGUAAUGCUCUUGCUAGUGAUAAUUCGGUAUCUGAGGGUGAUGGGUUUAGUGGGGUGUUGUUGGAUGCUGGUGUUUCUGGUAGUGAAUUAGGGUGUGUGAAUGAGAGUGGCUUGGCUGUUGAAAAUGGGAAUGGUGGGAAUGUUAGUGGUAAUGUGAAUGGGAGUGUGGAAGAAAUUGGGGUUGGAGAGAAUUUGAAUUUGAAUUUGAAUGGGGGUGUGUCUGCUAAUGGGGAUUGUGUUAGAGAAGGGCUUGAUUUGAAUGGUGAAGUUAAUCUGAAUAAUGGGUGUGGUUCGACUUUUAAUGCUGCUGAGGGUAGUUUGGAGAGAAGAGAUUGCAUUGAUCUGAAUUUGGUUGUGAAUAAUGAGGGUGAUGUCAAUUUCAAUGCGGGUUGUUCGGGAGGGGAAGCGUUGCAGGGGGAGGGUAAGUUUGACUUGAAUAUGGAGGUGUGUGAAGAAGCCAAGGAAGCGCUAGGUGAUGCUGAUGGAAAUGGACAUUCUGUGGUAGAUGCUAGGAUGGGGAAACUCCAAAAGGAAGAGAAUAAUAUUAAUUGUAGAUCUGUGGAGGAUGAUGGUGUUCAUGGUAAUUUAAAUCAUGUCUCGGAUGCUAUGAAAUUGGGGGAAAUUCAGGUUUCAGCUGAGCUUGCAGCUAAAGACUCAUCUUUGUGUUUGAUUGAGGAAAAGGAAGGUGAUGGUGGCAAAGGAGAUGCAUCAGUGGUUGAUUCUCAACAGGUUUCAAAUGCUGUUUCUAUGGAGGUUCAGCAAAUGGAUUGCCCUUCUGAAGCUGGUUUUGCUGUAGUUCAUGAAUACCAAGAUGAGCCGGGAAGUCCAUGCAAGCAAGGAAGUAGCCGGAGGAAAAGAAGAAAAGUAUCAGAUAAUCUAACAACCACCCCACAGACUGUUAUUAGGAGGAGUUCUCGCCGGGCAAUAGCUAGAAAUCAAGUAUCAAGCCCCAUAUUAGUGCAGGAGACUGAUGAUCCUUUGUUGUCCUUGGAAACCAGUGCCUUAACAGAAGAAAAACCUUCCAUGCCUGGUCCUGAGAAAAUCGAGCAAUGCAAUGUUGUUCCUCUUCCGGAACUGCAAUUACCCCCUUCUUCUAAAAAUUUGAAUUUAGAUGACGUUCCUGUUCUUGAACUUUUUUCUGUUUAUGCUUGUUUAAGAUCAUUCAGUACUUUAUUAUUUUUGAGUCCAUUUGAGCUGGAGGAUCUUGCAGCGGCACUAAAGUCUGAAAGCCCAAGUAUAUUAUUUGAUAGCAUUCAUGUUUCUAUUAUGCUAACUCUGAGAAAGCAUUUGGAACACCUUUCCAAUGAGGGUUGCCAGUCUGCAUCUGAUUGCUUGAGGAAUCUUAACUGGGAUUUCUUGGACCUGGUUACAUGGCCUAUGUUCAUGGCCGAGUACCUUCUGAUUCACGGCUCAGGGUUUAAAACUUGUUUUGAUCUCAAGCAGUUGAUGUUUAGAACUGACUACUACAAACAACCUGUAGUUUUGAAGGUUGGAAUUCUCCAGCACCUGUGUGAUGAUAUGAUUGAAGCAGAAGCCAUAAGGUCAGAGCUUAACAGAAGAUCUUUGGUAACUGAGACUAGUGCGGGGUUUGAUCAGAAUAUCUAUUUUGACACUUGCAAGAAAAAAAGAGCUGAAAUGGAUAUGUCUGGUGGCUCUUGCUUGACUAAGGACAUUGUGGAUGAUACCACUGACUGGAAUAGUGAUGAAUGCUGCCUCUGCAAGAUGGAUGGGAAUUUAAUAUGCUGUGAUGGUUGCCCUGCUGCAUUCCACUCAAGGUGUGUGGGAAUUACAAGUGAUGAUCUGCCUGAAGGUGACUGGUAUUGCCCUGAGUGUGCAAUGGGCACAGACAAGGCUUGGAUGAAAUCCCGAAGGUCUCUUCGAGGAGCAGAGUUAUUAGGGAUUGAUCUUCAUGGCCGUCUUUAUUUUUACAGCUGUGAUUACCUGUUAGUAUCAAACUCAUCUGAUGAGGGUUCCCUUUUCAAUUACUACCACAGAAAUGAUCUACAUGUUGUAAUUGAAGCUCUGAAGUCCAUGGAUUCUUCAUAUAGAGGCAUAUUAAUGGCUAUGUACAAGCAUUGGAAUACGCCACCUGACUUAAGUGCAGGGGCUAGUAACUUGGGAGUCUUUAAUCAAAAUUCCGGCAAAAACAUGCAAAUGUUGGGUGAAUAUUCUGCUAUGCAUACAUCUGUAGCACCUUUUACUUCAUCAGAUGCAUGUAUGGACAAGAAUCAGGCUGAUUAUCAAAGACAGUUGGACAAAACUUCAAUAGAUAGUCCUUGUAAUGCUUCAGAAGGGUCAGCUAAUACCACCCAAAUGAGAUCAGGCAUCGAGAAUGUUCAAAUGAAUGGGCUUUGUGUUUCCAGUAGAUCUGAUGAAUCCUUGAUUCAGUCAGGAAUGCCAGAAAAACAUCGUCCCAUUGGUGGCAGUUCUUUGACAUCUUCUAGCUUAGAUGGGGGACAUAAAAUAGACUUGAGGUCUAUAGGUGCUAGCCGUACCCCAAAUACAGACAAUAAGGAUAUGUCAGAAGCACCUUGUUGGAUUGACUACACCAACUAUUACAGCUUUGCUCGAAUGGCCUCGUUAGUUGCACAGGAGUUAAUGUGUAAGUUACCUGAAAAGAUCAAUAAGAAUGUUGCAAUGUCUGAGGAAGAAAUAAUUUCAGACCAAGCUAAGGCCAUUAUGAAGAAAUCUACCAACUUUUGCUGGCCAAGUAUUCAAAACCUAAAUGCAGCAGCCCAAAAGGAAAAAUGUGGAUGGUGCAUUUCUUGCAAAGGUGUUAAUGAUGACAGAGAUUGCUUGGUUAAUUCUGUGGUGAAGCCUGUUUGUGAAUUGUCUAAAAGUAAUUCAGGUGGUCUUCAACCCAUGAGGAUCCAGAAUGGACAUCUUAGGGAGAUUAUAUGUCAGAUUUUCUCUCUUGAGGUUCGAUUACGUGGGCUUUUGUUGGGUCCAUGGUUAAAUUUGCAUCAAACUAAUAUUUGGCAUAAGGAUCUUUUGAAGACAUCUGAUUUUGCCGCUGUUAAACGGUUAUUGCUUCUUCUGGAAUCCAAUUUGAGGCAUCUUGCCUUUUCAGCAGAUUGGUUAAAGCAUGUGGAUUCUGUUACUACUACGGGAUCAGCUACUCAUAUCGUGGUCAGUUCAUCACGCACUUCUUCAAGGCAUAGUAUUGGAAGGAAAAGGGCUAGGUAUUCAGAUGUUGAAUCCAGCUCAUCUUCAAGCACAGCUAGUGGUUUGGGAAUGUAUUGGUGGAGAGGUGGCAGGCUAUCCCGAAAAUUGUUUAAUUGCAAGGUUUUGCCUCGCUCCUUGGUUACCAAGGCUGCUAGACAAGCUGGGUGUAUGAAGAUACCGGGCGUUUUAUAUCUUGAGAAUUCAGAUUUUGCAAGGAGAAGCAGAUAUGUUACCUGGCGAGCUGCUGUCGAGAUGUCUACAAAUGUUGAGCAGCUUGCUUUACAGGUUAGAGAGCUUUAUUCAUACAUAAGGUGGCAUGACGUGGAGAAUGACCAUCCUCUACAUGUGUUGGACAAGGAAUCUAGAAAAUCAGUCAGGCUGUUCAAAAAAGUAAUUGUACGCAGGAAGUGCACUAACGGGCAAUCUGUGAAAUACCUCCUUGAUUUUGGUAAGAGAAGAGCUAUUCCAGAUAUUGUUAGUAAACAUGGAUCUUUGUUGGAAGAAUCCUCCAGUGAUAGGAAAAAAUAUUGGCUGGAUGAGCCUUAUGUUCCCUUGCAUCUUUUAAAGAAUUUUGAGGAAAAAAGAAUUGCCCGCAAGUCUGAUGAUAAGAAACUUGGAAAUAUUCUCGAGAUUGGUAGAAUAAAGAGGGUUCCUCAACAAAGGGGAUUUUCAUAUUUGUUUUCUAAAAUGGAAAGAUCUGAUUGUCAUCAGUGUGGGCAUUGCAAAAAGGAUGUUCCAAUCAGGGAAGCUGUGAGUUGCCUUUAUUGCAAAGGAUAUUUCCACAAGAGGCAUGUCAAGAAAUCUGGUGGUACGAUAACUGCUGCAAGCACAUAUUCAUGUCACAAAUGCCAGGACGGGGUGCUUAUAAAGACUAAAACUAAUAGAAGGAAAGUUGAUUCGAAACUGAAGAAGAUUGAAUCACAGAAAUGUAAAACGAUCUCUUUAGUUUGUAAACCGGUGAACCUUAAAGGCACUAAAAAAGCAUCAAGUAAGGUGCAACAUGUGAGAUCUCGAACUAAUAAGAAAAUCCCAUCAAGUAUACCUCUUCGUCGUUCUACUAGGAAGGCUAAAUCCUUGUAUAUGAAAAGUCAAAUGAUUGGAGGACGUAAAAAAGGAACACAGAGUAAAAAGAAUGUGGGACGUAAAAAGGGAAAGCAAAGUAAAAACAAGAAGGUGACCUGUCAGAAGUCCAUGGAAACUGGCAAAUGGAAGAAGUUGGUAGUAACUUCUAAACGUAAGCGAACCGGUUACAGUUACUGGCUUAAUGGUCUUUGGCUGUCGAGAAAGCCAAAUGAUGAACGAGUAAUGCUGUUUAAAGAGAAAAAGCAUGUUGUCUCUUCCAAAGAUUUUUCUGGCUCCCGUGACCGUCCUAAAUGCUGCCUUUGCUGUGGAGAUGGAUGCACGUUAAAUUAUAUUGCUUGUGAAAUCUGUGGAGAGUGGUUUCAUGGAGAUGCAUUUGGGCUCACUGUAGAAAAUGUAGGACAACUUAUUGGAUUUAGGUGCCAUGUAUGUCGUGAUAGGGAUGCUCCGAUCUGCCCCCAUAUGAACAGUAGUGCAUUGUCUCUCCCAAAAAACAAUGCUGCUAAUGGGUCUGCCGAGGAAUUAUCUAGUCCUGUUUCUCUCCAACCUGUGAAUGAGGAUUUGGCAGCAUCUUCUUGCACUAUUCCUGAGGACGACACUACUUAUGUGGACCAUGCACCGAUACACGCCACAAAUCAAAAUAGAUAUAGCUACCGGUAUCAAAGACGGCGAAAACCCGAUGUGGUCCAAUAACAUCUUUCAUUUGAAUAAGAGGUUUGAUGAUUUGCGUUGAAAGGACUUGGUUGAACAUCAGAUGCCAGCUUCUUGUGGGGUUGUUUUUCUUCCUGCAGGAUUUGGUGGCAAAUGUAGAAUUUACUUUCAAAAAAAGUUCUCAUACUUGGCGGUAGGAGUAAUGAUUGGUUAUCAGGCAUCUGCUCUAGUGCCUUCUGUUUCAACGUUCAUAAAAAGGGAAGAAGAAUAAUGAAACAACAAGAAUGGCAUUGGCGGCGCACAAAGGCUGAAGAUAAUUGUAAUCAGGACACAGAUAGAGUUCAUACAUCAUUGCAUUCAUGAUUGCUAUUCUAACCCAUCAGCAUUCAUUGUAGCAGCAUUCUUUAAUUUAGGGUUUUUUAGAUUUUUUCUACCCCUGAACUUAUUCUCUGAAGUCUUUCAAAUUAAACUCUUUCGCCAGGAAGGAAGGGAGUAGUAUAUAAAUCAUAGCAGAGUUUGGUAAAUAGAUUUUUUUUUGCAAUCGCAGAUAGCAAAUAGACCAUUGCUGUGUAAUAGGAUUUUUUUUUUCGGUAGUCCCCAAUUACCAAAGAAGUUUAAAGUGACAGCAUUUUUCUAUUUAAAUUCAAACAGGAAAAUUAUGGACUAACCAUACUGGUGUCAUCAAUUUAUGUUGUGAAGGAGUACUUAAGACCCUAGAUUUUUCCCA